CGUCGUUUGUCCACCUUUAGCUAAGCCCGUAAGGCUUCAGUUAUGCUUUCCCUAUCCUUUUGGUAGCUUCCCUUUUAUUUUCUUUUUGAUACCUAAUUGUGCUCCCUUUUUUUUCUUCUGAUCUCUUUUUGGAUGUUUUUAUAUAUAUUUUUUCUGUCUGAUAAAUAGGUUGGGUUUUCUCCCCUUCUUUUUUUUAAAAAGGUGAUCUUAUUAGUGACAAAUAGGAGCAUUCACCAAUAUUUCUCAUAAAUAAAAAUGUAUUAUACGACAGAAGCCGCCUAAACUUGCUGAACCAUUUAAUUCAUAAAUCUAUCAUGUAUAUUGAGGCAGACUAACUUGAAGAGAGAGAUUUUCAAUAGCUUGCACUCUAUGAAAGACUAUUCUAUAUAUACUUCUACCAAUACGCCUCAGGAUUUUGAAAACCCAAAUAUGUUUCCUUUUAGAACUUAAAAGAUUGAUAUCUGUAUGCCCUUUUCUACAGGAGGGUGAUACUAAGAUGAUGAGAUGUCAAGAUAUCUUAACCAAAAUAAAAGGCUUAAAAAAGAAGAUCAUCAUAUCUGAAUAAUUCAAUUAAGAGGUAUACCAAAAAUGAUAUAAAAAAACUAGGCAAUGUUACAUGAGAUUAACUAUGGCAUUAUAAAAUAAUUUAAUAUUUAUAAGUUAAAGUAUAUCAUAAAACAUUUAAAGGACAUUUGAAUUUCUUGACUCAUAGUCUAAUAUAAUAAUGUUCCCCAUAUUGUUUGUGUACAUGUUAGUUUUUCUUGCGCAAAUGGAAACAAAAAUCUUUGUUGUCUAAUCUUUCUUGUAAUCUAAGCUAUCCAAAUUUACUAAGAAAGGCAAAAUGAAUCAAAUGAAGACAAAUGAAUGGCUUCAAGGAAUAUUCUAGGCAAAUCAAGGUCCAUUUUUCAGAAGCCCCCUACCAAGACACCCCACCAUCAUUCCCUUCCCUCCUCCUCCUCCUCCUCCUCCCCCCCAACCCUCCCCUCACAAACCAACAAUCCAUGAGCUCACUGCCCACGCAAAGAGAAGAAAAACAGAACAAAUCAUCCCAACUAUAAAAGCAGCCUCAGUCUUACGUUACAUUUCGCUGAAUGCUCCCAACGGCCUUCCCAAUGCUAAUCUCCCACUCAGUUAAAUGCAUCUGAAAAAAUCCGACCCGCCGGUCGCCGGAGAAGGCUUCCGACGCUCCUCCGACCACCCUAGCCGAAACCCUAAUCCCCUAUUAUCGCCGGAGAUCCAUGGCCCCCACAAGCGCCCCAGCCCCACCGCCACCUCGGCCGCCGCCGCCGCUCGCCGCUCCCACACCCUGACCUCUCUCCGGCCCACCUACUCCGCCGCCCCUCCCCGCCCCGACCUCCGUCUCCUCACCUCCUCCGCCGCAGCUCUCCGGUCCUUUCUCCGCCACCUCCUCCGCCGCCUCCGCCUCCGUCUCCUGCUCCUCCUCUCUUUCCCCUCCCUCUACCUCCUCCUCUCCUCCUCCGCCGCCGGCCGCCCCUUCUUCUUCGCCUUCUUCUCCGCCCUCGCCUUCUCUUCUGCCCUUCUCCUCCUCGCCGCCGUCUACUUCAACCUCCUCUCCCUCCCCUCCCUCCGCCUCCUUCUCUCCCGCUCCAAAUCCCUCCUCCCCCUCUACCAUCACCUCCCCGGCCGCCGCCUCCCCGUCUUCUGGUUCAUCGGCAAGCGUAAAUCCGACAACUGCCCGAGUUCUGGGUUCUGGGUCCGGUUCUACAGCAAUGGAGAUCACUACGAGGGGGAGUGCCGUGGCGGGAAGUGCUCCGGCAGCGGGGUGUACCACUAUCACAUGAGUGGGAAGUAUGAGGGGGAUUGGGUUGACGAGAAGUAUGACGGGCAUGGCGUCGAGACAUGGUCUCGGGGAAGCAGGUACAUGGGGCAGUACAGGCAGGGGCUCCGGCAUGGGUUUGGCGUCUAUCGGUUCUACACCGGCGAUGUGUAUUCCGGGGAAUGGUUCAAUGGGCAGAGCCAUGGGUACGGGGUGCACACAUGCGACGAUGGGAGCCGUUACGUCGGGGAGUUCAAGCUAGGGGUCAAGCAUGGGCUUGGGCAUUAUCAUUUCAGGAAUGGGGAUACCUAUGCUGGAGAAUACUUUGGAGACAAGAUGCAUGGUUUUGGAGUUUAUCGUUUUGCAAAUGGGCAUCAAUAUGAGGGUGCCUGGCAUGAGGGCAGAAGACAGGGAUUGGGGAUGUACACAUUUAGAAAUGGGGAGACACAGUCAGGUCACUGGCAAAAUGGUGUUCUUGAUAUUUUUAGCACACAGAACAUCCUGCCUGGGUCUUCAAUUGCUGUCAAUCAUUCCAAAGUGCUGAACACAGUUCAGGAAGCGCGGAGGGCAGCAGGAAAGGCAUUUGAUGUUCCCUGGGUUGAUGAUAGGGUGAACAAGGCUGUUGCAGCGGCCAAUAAAGCAGCUGAGGCAGCCAGGGCUGCAGCAGUUAAAGCUGUUCAGAACCAAGCCUCCAAUGAUGGUGUUGGCAUCCCAACCCUACUUGUGGAAGACACCUUGCUUGGUAUUGCGUAAGUUCAAGUCAGUGGAAGCAACAUUUGAAUUAACUGAUACCAAGAAGAAUUUUCCGGCUGUGCAUUAUGGAACUCCUUUUAUCUUCAAUCCUUUUCUGGAGCAUUAGAUAACUAAUCCUUGCUCAAAGUCACCUCCAGUUGAUGACCGACUGUGGUCAGGGUUUUCCUUUUGUUCUUUUUUUAAAUUCUUAUGUGUAGAUAUUAUGAGUGGCCAUCAAUGUGGAGAGGGUAGGAUUUUCCCAUAAUUUUACGUUGUUUUUUUUGUAAAAAGAGUCUUAUUAAGUACAUGUAUGUGAAUUGAACCUCAUUUUAUGAAUUGUAUUGUAUGUAAAACAGAAAUGUUAUCAAAACAAAGAGUUGUCUCA